AUGCGCAGUCGCAGCCGGGUGGGUGGAGAUGCGUUUUUUUUGUUUAUUUUCGUGGCCAGCUAACCAGCUAACCGGCUAAAGCUGUUUUCCAAGUUUCAGUUGAAGUAUUACACAGAUAAAGGCUGAACAAGUGUGCGUUUAGAUAAUAUGAUUCUGUAGCAUUCCGCGUGGUAGCGAAAUUGGGCCAGAAGAGCCAGCGUGCUAGCGAGGUGUUGAGGAACCUUAGCUGUUAGCUGCUAGCUGUUAGCUGUGGGUUAUGUGCUAGCAAGCUAGUCGGGGCUGGGCAGCAUAUCGAAAACCAGGUCGCUGGAGCCACCCGCUUAUAACCUGAUAACAUUUGGACUAUCGCUGCUGCAUCGACAAAAAACACAAUCGCUGAAAAACAUUGGAUCGACAAUCAUUUCCCUCCAUCCAACCGGACAGCCUCCCGUAGGUUGAAGCCUCAGGAGCAAGAUGUCAAUCACAAACACUCCCACGAGCAAUGACGCCUGCCUGAGCAUUGUGCACAGCCUGAUGUGCCACAGGCAGGGAGGCGAGAGCGAGAGCUUCGCCAAACGGGCUAUCGAGAGUCUCGUCAAGAAGCUGAAGGAGAAGAAAGAUGAGCUGGAUUCCCUCAUCACAGCCAUCACGACGAAUGGAGCGCACCCGAGCAAGUGUGUAACCAUACAGCGGACUUUGGAUGGACGUCUACAGGUUGCAGGACGCAAAGGUUUCCCCCAUGUUGUCUAUGCUCGACUGUGGCGGUGGCCUGAUCUACACAAGAAUGAACUGAAACAUGUGAAAUAUUGCCAGUAUGCCUUUGACCUGAAAUGUGACAAUGUUUGUGUCAACCCAUACCACUACGAGAGGGUGGUCUCUCCAGGCAUCGAUUUAUCAGGACUGACGCUUACAAGCUCAGGUCCACUAAUGGUAAAGGAUGAAUAUGACUGUGAUAACCAGCAAUCUCACUCCAGCUCUGAGAGCCACCUGCAGACUAUCCAGCAUCCGCCGUCAAGGCCCGGUCUUCAGGAGACCUUCAGCAGCCCCGCUCUACUCCCCCCCGAUUGCAGCGGCUCAGCCUCAACCUCUGCUUUCUCGACAAUCAAUGCUGGACCCUUACAUUCGACCCCCAACUGGGGCAGGAGCAGCAGCUUCCCCCCCGUGGUCCCUCCGCACCAGAAUGGUCAUCUACAGCAUCACCAACCCAUGCCUCACACAGGGCAUUACUGGCCUGUUACCAACGAAAUAGCCUUCCAGCCCCCUAUAUCCAAUCACCCUUCUCCAGAAUACUGGUGCUCCAUCGCUUACUUUGAGAUGGAUGUCCAGGUAGGGGAGACGUUUAAGGUGCCGUCCACUUGUCCAGUAGUGACUGUGGACGGCUAUGUGGAUCCAUCGGGAGGGGAUCGCUUCUGCUUGGGCCAACUGAGCAACGUUCACAGGACAGAGAACAUAGAAAAAGCCAGGCUCCACAUUGGGAAAGGCGUGCAGCUGGAGUGCAAAGGGGAAGGAGAUGUGUGGGUGCGCUGUUUGAGUGAUCACGCAGUGUUUGUGCAGAGCUAUUACCUGGAUCGAGAGGCGGGUCGUGCCCCUGGAGAUGCAGUUCACAAGAUCUACCCAAGUGCUUACAUCAAGGUGUUUGACUUGCGUCAGUGCCACAGGCAGAUGCAGCAGCAGGCAGCGACAGCUCAAGCAGCAGCUUCAGCUCAGGCUGCGGCGGUGGCUGGAAACAUUCCCGGACCCGGCUCAGUGGGAGGAAUCGCUCCUGCCAUCAGUCUGUCGGCUGCUGCAGGCAUCGGGGUUGACGACCUGCGCAGGCUGUGCAUCCUGCGGAUGAGCUUUGUGAAAGGCUGGGGGCCCGACUACCCACGGCAGAGCAUUAAAGAGACACCCUGCUGGAUUGAAAUCCAUUUACACCGAGCGCUGCAGCUACUGGAUGAAGUUCUGCACACCAUGCCCAUAGCUGACCCUCACCCGCUUGACUAAAUUGAAAAGACAUUAAUUGUACAAAAGCAACACAAGAACAAAAUCAGACUGUACUUUUAACAGACCACUCCACCUAUAGGCCUGGAGCAGCGGCGGAGGGCCGCAACCACAGGGACAAUGAGCAGGUUGUAGGAGUAAAGAACAAGGGCGGCAGUAUACUCACACUGAUUUCAAAUGAAGUGCUGCGAGCAGUUGUCGGUUUACUGAGUUCCACUCCAGGCCUGUAAGUUCAGAGACUUCCUGGAGGAGCAUGUGAGUCACAUUGGGAGGAGUUGUAGUAGCACAGUGGAAACGAAGAGGAUGAGCAUGUUAAAGGUAGCCAGUAUUCCGCCACUGUUCAACAAUUGGAACUGCACACCAAUACGAAGUGAACCCGUUUCUCAAAUCACAAGUUUGAUCAUGAUCAUGUCCACACUGAGAUUAAAAGAUCCAAAAGCUCUUUGAAUAUUUAACAAACUGACAAAGACACUGUAAGAAACAGGGAACGAUUCGUACUCUGGAUUCUUCAGUCAGGACAUUUUCUGUAUUUUAUUUUUUUAGAUGUUUGGAGCCCCCAAAUUCCUUUUUAAUCUAUUUAUUAAAAAGAGCUAACUAUUUAGCUCCCCACCAUUUGAGCUGAGCACAAUGUGGAGCCUUGUAUUGGAUGCAAACCUGUCGUAUACCCUGUUUAUGUAAAUGUGAUUUCAGCUGGUGGACACUGCCGGUCCAGUCCUCCCUCACUGGUCCUCCGGUGCUGAUGUUGCUUCAUGUAAGUGGAGAUUUUUUCUUCCCAGUCGCAGAUUAGUACAUUUAUGUGAGAUCAUGUUAUUAUUACUCAUUUUCUUGUGAAAUGUAAUCUUGAAUAUUUUUCAAAGCUUUCAGCUUUGAAAAACAUUCAUACACCCCCUAUUUGAAUAGUUGUUUUUAAUAAGGUAAAGAGCAUUUAAAAAAAGGCCCAUUUUAGUUGAGCUAGGCUUCUCUUUAUUAAACUGUUCCAUUAUUCUAACAGCAAUCGUGAGAAGUGAUGGUUUUCUAUUGAACUUUUGCAAACCACAUUUUAUUGAAACUAUAAAAGAAAGGAGAGAUUAUUAUACAUCUAUCUGCUUCAUUUUAUUUUUAACUUUAAUUUUAUUUUUUUUAACUAGAUCCCCAUAUAGUGUCCAUUAGCACUUUAUUAUUUUGCCUGCGUAUGUUGUCUUGUUUCUUUUGUCGCCUGUGUGGUUACUUGUCGUAUCCAUAUAAUAUCUUAGUAUAGUAUAAAAUUAAAUAAUGUACACUGGGUUCCAAAUGUCUGAGACUGUUUUUGGACCCCAAGGUAGUUCAAAGUGCUGCCUGCUCAAAAUCUAUGUUUUUAGUAUCAAACAUUCACUCUCAGCUGGUUUGAAAGAAACCAUGAUUAUUAAAACUUACAGAGGUGUGGUUUUCCGAAAUACGGAAAAAAAAUUGAGCACCACCUUUCAAACCUGUGGGCAGCGAAUCGUUUGUACUGAAGACACAUUUGUUUGGGUGGAGCAUCUCCUUGGAUUAUCUCACCUCCACCUGUUUUCAUUUGAAAAUAACACUUAACGUAGAAGACAGCUGAGAAAAGCAAGUUUGGACCGAACUGUGAGAGGAAGCGUAGCCAUAUUGAAGCCAAAAAUAACCCUCUGGAAAGUGGAACCGGUUAAUCAGCCUGCCGUCAUUUCAGUGUUAACGUUGCUUCUGAAAGCUUUGUUUCAUUUUCAACACUAUUCGGGUAUUUGGAGCUCUGUUUACAGCAGUUGCAGUAUUUUGUACCUUUUUGCUACCGUUAUAGUGACGAACCAUUCUGGCCAAAAUGGAAACGUUUAAAAAAUAAACAAAAAUAAAGUCAAAGAA